UGUGCACUCUCAUUCACAUUCCCACCCUCAGUUAGGGUUGGAUAUGGAGGACCUGGAGGACAUGGAAGAGGAUGCAGGUCUGGGGAAUGGCGGCCUGGGACGGCUGGCAGCUUGCUUCCUGGACUCGAUGGCUACGCUGGGCUUGGCUGCAUAUGGGUAUGGCAUUCGCUAUGAGUAUGGAAUUUUUAACCAGAGGAUUAAAGAUGGCUGGCAGGUGGAGGAGGCAGAUGAUUGGCUGCGUCAUGGUAACCCUUGGGAGAAGGCCCGGCCCGAGUUCAUGCUGCCAGUGCAUUUCUAUGGAAGGGUAGAGGAGACAGACGAGGGGUCUAAAUGGGUUGAUACACAGGUGGUUUUGGCAAUGCCUUAUGACACCCCUAUUCCAGGCUACAUGAAUAACACAGUUAACACCAUGAGACUGUGGUCUGCCCGUGCCCCUAAUGACUUUAACCUCAAAGACUUCAAUGUUGGAGAUUACAUCCAGGCUGUGCUCGACAGGAAUCUGGCAGAGAACAUUUCUCGGGUGCUAUACCCCAAUGACAAUUUCUUUGAGGGGAAGGAGCUACGACUGAAGCAAGAGUAUUUUGUGGUGGCUGCUACUCUUCAGGAUGUGAUUCGCAGAUUCAAGACUUCAAAGGAGAAUAGUGGCUCCACUCUGUCAUUUGCCACCUUUCCUGAAAAGGUGGCCAUCCAACUAAAUGACACCCAUCCAGCUAUGGCCAUCCCUGAGCUCAUGAGAAUCUUUGUGGAUAUUGAGAAGUUGGACUGGGAGACGGCCUGGGAUAUCACCAAACGCACGUUUGCCUACACCAACCACACUGUCCUCCCUGAAGCUCUGGAACGCUGGCCUGUGGAACUGAUGGAGACACUGCUGCCGAGACACCUGCAGAUCAUCUACCGCAUCAACCAGGGCCACCUGGAUCACAUAGCAUCUCUGUUUCCUGAGGAUAUGGACCGUAUCCGCCGUAUGUCUCUGAUCGAGGAGGAAGGAGGCAGGAGAGUUAACAUGGCCCAUCUGUGCAUCGUGGGCUCCCAUGCUGUCAAUGGUGUGGCUGAGAUACACUCCAACAUCAUCAAAACCGACGUAUUCCGUGACUUCAGCGAGAUAGAACCAGACAAAUUCCAGAACAAAACAAAUGGAAUCACUCCGAGACGCUGGCUGUUGCUUUGCAACCCUGGCCUGGCUGACCUGAUCGCCGAGGCUAUCGGGGAGGACUAUGUCAAGGACCUGAGUCAGCUAAAGAAACUCAAUGAGCUGGUGGACGAUGAUACUUUCAUCAGAGAUGUGUCCAAGGUCAAACAGGACAACAAGCUGAAGUUUGCCCAGUCCUUGGAGAAUGAGUACAAGUUGAAGAUCAACCCUGCCUCCAUCUUUGACGUCCACGUGAAGAGGAUCCAUGAAUACAAACGCCAGAUACUCAAUUGCCUCCACAUCAUCACCAUGUACAACCGCAUCAAGAAAAAGCCCACAGCUGCUUUUGUCCCGCGCACUGUCAUCAUCGGUGGAAAGGCUGCUCCAGGGUACCACAUGGCUAAGAUGAUCAUCAAGCUCAUCACCUCUGUGGCAGAGGUGGUCAACAACGACCCAGUGGUGGGCAACAAGCUGAGGGUCAUCUACCUUGAGAACUACAGGGUGUCUCUUGCAGAGAAAGUGAUCCCUGCCACGGACCUGUCUGAGCAGAUCUCCACAGCGGGCACCGAGGCCUCUGGCACGGGCAACAUGAAGUUCAUGCUGAACGGCGCCCUCACCAUCGGCACCAUGGACGGAGCCAAUGUGGAGAUGGCCGAGGAGGCGGGCGAGGAAAACCUCUUCAUCUUUGGCAUGAGGGUGGGCGACGUGGCCGAAAUGGACAAAGAGGGCUACAAUGCCAUGAAGUAUUACAAUGAGUUGCCUGAGCUGAAGCAAGUCAUCGAUCAGAUCAAGAGCGGCUUCUUCUCCCCACGCAAGCCUGAGCUCUUCAAGGAUAUUGUUGACAUGCUCUUCAAUCAUGACCGGUUCAAGGUUUUUGCAGAUUAUGAGUCUUACAUCAAAUGUCAGGACAGAGUUAAUGUUCUCUACCAGGAUCCAAAAGAGUGGACCAAGAUGGUGAUCAAGAAUAUUGCCGCUUCUGGAAAGUUCUCCAGCGAUCGCACAAUCACCGACUAUGCCACAGAGAUCUGGGGUGUGGAACCCACUGACCUGAAGAUUCCUCCCCCCAGCGAACCACGUGAGGCCAUCGAGGAGGCAGCCCGUGCCUUGAAGUUGUAAAGAUGCCCCUUGCCAGCCAUCUAAAUGGGCAUUUAAGUCCUUCCAUAGCUUGUACUACUUUUACCAUUAGAAAAUAUGUCAGCAGAUUACAGCAUCUUAAUGGUACUUUUUGGAAUUCACAAAUUCACUUUCUGGUUCAAUGCCAUAGAACUAGGCACUUUUUCUCCACUUUUCAACCGAAACGUAUUGUGUUAUUAACAGGCUAGUGUCUGUGAGCCGGCUGUCUUUGUACAUCAUAGAGCCAGAGUAUAUUCUUUUACACUUACAUUCUGUGGAUAAGGAUGACACCCUGAUGUGUAGUUACUGUGAUCUCUCUGAUAUAUGUGUGUAUGUGCAGUCAGGAAAUGCUGAUUGUUAGUGAAGUUCUCAGAACAAUGAGAUGGCCAAGUAUCUCUUAACAUUCUCAGAAGCAGACACUGUUUUUUCCUAAAUUCAAAAAGAUGUACCUCUCAUGUAAGGCUAUUUGUUGAGAACACCCUGUUCACUCUUGGGUUUGUAUUUGUAACUGCUGACCUGUUUUAGCAUCUUUUUUUUCAAUACUAACUUUCGAAAGCAGUCUCUCUGCAGUAGUCAGUCAUUACUAAAUGAAUGUGUAAGAUCUUAAUUUCCCUGGACAGUAGGCCCUAUAUGUUUUUACCCUUGCAGUAUUUCCCCAUUCAAAAGGGCCAUGAAAGGGUUGUCACACAGGGAUUAUUUCUAGUCCUUCAAUAAAUUUACACUGCUCA